AUGAAUAACCAAGCUCUCUUUGAAAAAUUGGAUCAAACAGUGGAAUUAUUGUCGCUUAAAUUGGCAGAGUUGAUUCGUUUGUCAUCUAUUGAUAACCCGGAAUCAGCUAAUGAUAACAUAGAUAGUGGAUCCAUGAAUAGUGGUAUGUUAGAAGCACAGGAUUCAAACAUAGCUAUUGCAACAACAAGUAUGACUAUGGUAUAUGGACAAACAAUGCAAUUGAUUAGAGGUGUGCAGGAUCUGCUGGUGAUGACUAGAGGCAUGCGAGAGAUGUGGUUACUUAACCAAAUACCAGAUCAAGAUAAACAGAAUGAUAAUGCCAGAUCAAUAAAUCAUGAGGAAUUAGCGUCCCUUCUUAAUACAUGUAUGCAAGAGAUUAUAGGUGAACCUCCAUCACUCUGA